AUAGCGGAAAUCUUAGAGACAUUUUAAUAUAGGCAUACUCCGAACAUUUCCACCAUUGUCUUCUGGGACACGUUCACUACAGGUUCUGCUCAAAUAGAUCACUCGGUAACGACUUUUCGUUUGGGCAAUCACUUUGGAAAGUGGCGUCUAGUCAUGUCAGCUUGAAUGAUUGGAGACCAACCCAACAGAGAUUUGAGCAAAACGAAUAUUUCUUUUUUUCUUUUCAAAAACUGAAAACGUUUCCUAUCAAAUUCAACCUACUGGCUCACUAUGUCUUAUUUAGUUUUACCUUUCUUUUUAUUGUUCAUUUGGUUCACCAUUUCUAUUCGCGACUCCUACUCGACGCCAAAUCCGCUGAAUGGCCAACACCUCCGCGUCAUCUGGACACGUUGGAGUGGAAAUCCAAAAGGUCUACUCGGACCGCUCAAAGGAGGGGUAAUCCUCGAAUUCUUAGCGACCCGUUUAAAUUUCACGUACGAAAUGGUUAGAGUGACGGGAUACAGAGCGGAGCCAUCAGAAAAUGGACCAGGACUGUUUAACUACUUAUGGGAUCAACAAUGCGAAUUGCUGGUCAACGAUCUGAUUCCGACAUUCCAGCGCAAUAAAGUGGUCGAUUUCACACUACCUUGGGCUUACGAUCACAUCAAAUUCCUCAUUCCCGUCACUGAUGAUUCGGCCAACAUCAACGCCGUCGUCAAACCAUUUCAAUGGCCGAUUUGGCUGGGAGUAGGAAUAUCAAUCGUUUGCGUCAUCGCAGUUUUAGAUUUAAUCCAGCGCUACUUGGAAUCUGCUUCCGGGACAGGAUUUGAACCUAACAAUAAACCACAGACUGGAGGGUUGACGAACGAUGGGCAACUUCGUGGAACGAAAACAAAAACCGAAAAACCAUAUCUCUACGUUGUUGGCAAUUUAGUAUCACAAGGCGGUGCCUGUCCAUCGAAACGACUACCUUAUCGACUAGUCGCUGGCGUUUGGUGCCUGGCCGCUUUCAUCUUCGUCCAGGCCUACACGUCCACUCUCUUCACUUACGUCGUGACGCCAAUCAAUCACCCACUAAUCAAUUCCGUCUACGACAUAAUUAACAAUAACGACAUCAAUUUACUUGUCAAAGAAGAGGGAAUUGAAAAUAUUUUACGAUCGGCCAUUAAUGAGACGGGACUAUACAGGGCAUUACGAGCUAAACUUGAUUCCUUUCCAAAUUCUCGAUGCAAGGUGGUAUCGGACUGCAUCAGUUUGAUGACACCGAAAUCAAGAAAUGUUUAUGUCGAUGCAAUUAUUUACCUAAAGGAUGCAAUCAGAAGUGAUUAUCGAAAAACUGGGAAAUGCAACUUUGAAUUAGCAAAAGAAGAAUUCAUCGGAAUCAUGACAUCCUUUACUCUCCCGAAAAACAGUCCCUACACUCAAACUAUAAGCCGAGGAAUAUUGGAUCUGCACCAGAUUGGAUUGGUCGACUAUUGGGACACAUGGUUCCGCCCAAUGCCUCCGCAAUGUGACGGAAAACCCAAAAAUAGUGAAAAAGGAAAUAAACUUGCGCCGCUUUCCCUGAACAAUUUGACCGGCGCAUUUAUAGUUUUAUUGGUUGGAUUGAGCCUUUCCCUUCUAACCUUUCUCUGCGAAAACAUUCAUUUCCGUAAAUGAGCGUCGCACCGCACCCGCACAAGUAACGCAAGAACCCGCGCCCAUAAUCAAACGUUUUCAGAUGCAUUAAACAAUAGCCACUAACUAAUUAUCUGAACAACUUAGAUAUUUCCUUUAUUACUGCGGCCGUUACUUUUAACUAGAACUCGCACAUCCGCAUUCCGCCUCUUAUAUGUAGAAGCAAUGUGAUGACGGACCUUAAACAAAUACAAAAUAUUACUCAAGUGUAAA